AUGCUCUCUAUGCAGACCACUGGACUUGUGGGAUUGGCUGUAGCUGAAAACCCUCACGAGCGCCUGCGAAUACUGUACACAAAAAUCCUUGGUGUCCUGCAAAACAUUCCCAAAGAUGCAGCAUAUAGGAAAUACACUGAGCAGAUUGUAAAUCAGCGAUUUAAGUUGGUGCAAACGGAAACCGAUGUGCAAAAACUACAGGACAAACUGAAUAGUGGUCACAUAGAGGAAGUCAUUGUACAGGCUGAAAAUGAGCUUUCCCUGGCAAGAAAAAUGAUACAGUGGAAACCAUGGGAGCCUCUAGUUGAAGAACCUCCUUCUGACCAGUGGAGAUGGCCAAUAUAAUAAUUUUCAAGUGGUGUAAACUCUUGAAAAUGGGGAAAAAAAGAA